AUGCAGACGCCAGGUGUGUCGGUGCGACGCUCAGCUUGUGAUCGUUGCCGCGGUGAAAAGUUGCGCUGCCUUCGCGAGGGAACAGAUACAUGCGACAGAUGUGCAAAGGCAAAUGCCCAGUGUAUUACCAGUCCAAUAUAUCGGAUGCGCAACUACAGCUAUCCCGACAACCCUCGCAAUCGCCAGCGGCCGGACCAUAACAGCAACGGCCUACAGACACUAUCCACGAAUGCUCCCAUCGACUGGCCGUCUGAAAAAACUUCAACUGGCUUCAACGCUCUUAUAAUGGCUCCUUCGCCCGACCCGGUGGACGCCUGGAAUAGCGGUUAUCUGACUUUGGGAAACCUAGUAUGGAGCUACGACGAUAUUGACAAUCCUCUGUCCACCUCAGCUGCCAAACCUACAGCUAAAUCUUCUUCCCCGGGGGUACCGCCACGGGAUAAUUCAUGGCUACCAUAUUGUGAAGAAAUACUCGAAGCCUCAUCUUCGGAAGAUUUAAUUUGUUUUGAUCCAGAUGUACAGAACAAUGAAGCCAUUGGUAGCACGUACAGCUACACCGAACAGCUGUCCAAGGUCAAUCUCAAGCUGGUCUCGCUGCUAAAGCAAAUAUCAAGAGGGCCACCUUAUGUAACCUUCAAGACUCUCAUAGAUACAGUGUGUGGAGAAGCUGGAUCGCCGUCGGAGCCAAAUCCUCUAGAGGACAUAUUGAACAACACACGGCAUUACUUGGAUGUUCUGAACCUCAUUGCCAUCAAACUGCCGCAAUCGUCACCAAACUCUGCCUUCGAUACGUCGAGCACCUCCGCAGGUUAUGCAAGUACUUCUGCCAGCACGCCACUCUCUCACGAUGAUAGUAUGCAAGGUUCCGAGCCCUCUGAACAGCAGCUCAGCAAUACGGCCGUGUAUCACACUCAGCUCGAUAGUUCCGUUCUUCUCGUACUUCUCACCUGUUAUAUACACAUUUUGAGGCUUCACGUGGCAUUGUUCUGGCAUAUACAACAGUAUGUCCAGGCUAUUUCUGAAACCGACCAUCGCACAAUACAUCCGCUGCCGGGGCUCUAUGGCUUCAACAACUUUCCUCUCCAAUCCGGCAAUCUUCAAGGCAUGAUGAUUAUCCAGCUGGUGACCAACAUGUUUGAGAGAAUGGAGACUCUUUUGGGACUGCCGCGAGAGUUCCGUAUCGGAACACGUGAAAAUAGCCACAAUGGGUUAAUAUUUAACGCUGGAUUUUCGGAGAUUGCCAGAGCACUCCUUUUAAAAGAGGAUGGAGGACGCCCAGAGGAGGGACAAGGGGGUAUCGGCGCAUUACGCAAAGACAUCAAGAAAGCGAAGCGAUUAUUACGUUCUCACAUAGCUCCCUAG